CCAGCACGGCUGAACUAACUGGGAGAAGCGGAUUAUAAAAACAUGAUAAUUAUUUUCCUUUUCACCACAUUCCUUCUCACAGUUAAUGUCCAGGCCCUUUCUUUAACUGGACACACAGGAGGUGCUGUCAUUAUGAAGUGUGGUGGCUAUGAUGUACACAGGUACAUAAACAACAGAAAAUAUCUCUGUAAAGCAUCAGGGCCAGUGUGUUCUACGAAUAUCAUAGUGGAUAAUGGAGGCACCCCUGCACAAGACAAACGGUUCUCUCUACAUGACUACAAAAUGGAGGGGAAUUUCAUGGUAUUGAUCACACAGCUGACUCCUGCGGACAGUGGAACAUAUAAGUGUGUGGUGGAGAACACUACUAUAUCUAGGCCUGCUGACACAACAUUGACAGUUAAAACAGGUCCAUGGCAGUCUACUACAAUCUCUCGUCUUCUUGAGGAGAGCUUUAAGUUUAUCUGCGCUUUCCCUGAAGCAAACAAGGAGAGAAAGAAAUAUGUUUGCCACCAUCAGAGAAAGUUGACUUGCUUCGAACUCAACACAUCUGAGGAGAGGAGGCAGAUACACAUGCUACCUAAUGGCUCUGUGUCUGUGACCCUGGACCAGCUGACGGCAGAAGAUGCCGGAGAGUACUGGUGUGGAGUACAGGCAGCUGUAGGUGAAUCCAUCACUCUGAUCAGCCGGACCCAACUCAUGAUUGGUCCCGAUUCAUCUUCCUCAACAACAUCCUCAUGGUCCACAUCAGCAUCUUCCUCAACAACAUCCUCAUGGUCCACAUCAACAUCUUCCUCAACAACAUCCUCAUGGUCCACAUCAUCACCAUCAGUGCUGCCGACGGUACCUGGCCUGACUUUCCUAGGUAAGAGUGUGGUUGUCCAGGCCGGUCUGACUGCUGUAGCUCUGCUGCUGGUGAUCAUAGUUAUCAUCUGCAGGAAACAGAGGACAAGAGAGCAUUCCCACCCAUCUGACGGCCCAUCAAACAUCACUGAUAAAAACAAUCAGAUUUCUGUCACUGCCCACGUGUAUGAUGAGAUUAUAGAUACCAGUCAAACUCGUCCUAUACCCAACUCUGUUUAUGCCUUGGCCCAGUUACCCACAAUCCUUCCCAAUGACCCCACCUAUUUAACUGCUUGGUUGCCCACAAACCGACAAAGGUGAUGCCACCACUUUAGAAUGAUAAGGCUCUAUCUGACUCCUCUAUCUGUGUCCUGUGUUUCUUGUUGUAUGUAUUUUUUGAAAUAAUAUCUAAAGUGGUUUGUUCCACUUAUCAGUGUAACUGCAGGAAUCAAAUUAUAAAACUGAAACUCAAUGUGUCAGAACUACUCCAAACGCAUAUAGAACAUUAUAAUUCCAAGGGGGCAACUUACUCUCCAACACAUUUGUACUGCCCCCUGCAGGUAACACCCAAAUUUGUUAGACGUCAGUCGUUUAUCUUUUUUAGUCGUUAUAAACGGGAUGUCAAAACCUACAAUUUCCCAAGUAUUUCUUAUAGGUUGCAGGAACCUUUUGACAGGCUAAGCUGCGUCUUCCCUAUUGUUAUAUAUAACCUUUUACUCUAUUCAAUUUCAGGCAAAUUUAGAUAUUUUAUGGCCCCGUACAGUGGCUCACGCACGGAGGUGUUUGGCCUUGCAGGUUAUCUGACACUGGUUAUAAAGUCGGCGCAAGUUUGUUUCAUCGUAAUGAUCUGCAGAAUCACUACGGUCAAACUCUAGCUUCUAAACACAGACAUACCCUUGUCCCAUAUAAAUGGGAAUCAGAACACCAGAGAUUAAGGUUAUAGUAUAGUAAAAAAGUUUAUAUAGGACAAAUAUUGAUUUAAGAACGAAAAGAGGCACAAUAAACUAACCUAAAUGACCUAAGUACUAAGAACACAUUGAGAAAACAUUGAGAAAAAAGUUAAAGGAAGAGGAGAGCUAGAGAAUAAUAAGUUCAUGUCAUAAUCUUGUGCGGAUCCCUGGCUUCUCCUGGACCCAGUCGUUUGGCAUGGCCCCUCUUGCACUGGCCCCUCUCCGUGCUUGCUGGUGUCCUGACUAUAGGAUGAGAUGAGGCAAAAAAACAAAAGAGUAAAGAAAAGUACGAAAAUAACGGGGGGACAUGUUGGAAGGGAAAUGAAAGGGAAAUAAAGACGAGUAGAGGAAGUCAGAGCCCUGAACUACGGGAAAAGUUUCCUUUUAAAGGAGGAAAACUCCUCCCCUAACAAAUCAUUGGCUACUUAAGAUACAUAUCUAUAAAAAACAGGGUGCCUUCCCCACAGUGUUCAGAGUCAAGUCCAGACGUUACAUAGUGUUGGAUACAAUGGAGUCAAGUCAAGUCCAGACAUUACAUAGUGUUGGAUACAAUGGAGUCAAGUCAAGUCCAGACGUUACAUAGUGUUGGAUACAAUGGAGUCAAGUCAAGUCCAGACGUUACAUAGUGUUGGAUACAAUGGAGUCAAGUCAAGUCCCAGACGUUGUACAGAGUAUUGGUUACAAUGGAAAUAAAAUAUAAAAGGAAACAAAAAGCAGACACAAUGGCAUACAUCUUGAAUUCAGUUUGCAUUACAGUUCAUACAUGGAAUUGGUACAGGUUACAAAAGCAUAUGCCUCAAUAUGAAAUCUUUUAAUCAUUCAGUGCAAAGAUAAAAUGUAGUACGGCAUAGAAUUAUGAUAGGCACUGGUAGUAGAGGUGAAGGAGCUGGGCUAGUGUGCAGUAGCCUGAAAGUUGUCGGGUCGAUUCCUGGCUUCUACCAUUGUGCACCUAACCCCAAGUUGCUCCGGGGGAAAAUAUAAUCCCUUGUACAUACAGUAUGUAAGUCACUUUGGACAAGAAGUGUCUGCUGAAAGUAAUGUGAUGUAAUCUGUAUUAAUAGGCACUUUGUGUAGUGUGUUUUUAUCAAUUUUCUUAUACAGAGCCUUUUCGGAAAGAAGGGUGCUUGUUUCUUUAUUAAUCUCAAUGUACUCAUCUCUUUUUUCUUUCAUGUGCAUCAUGUGGUGUGCAACUGUUAACCUUCCAUUCUUAAUGUGAUGACAGCUCAAUGUUUUUGUUUUUUUAUAUACAUAUAGUUA